GUUUACUUAUUUAGAAGUCAGCAGAGGAAGUGGUAAAGGAAACUAGCUGAGUCGUUUUCUCAGAAGAACCAUAUUUGUUCACAGGGGAAGCCGCUGCUUUUUGGAAUCUGGCUACAGCAGAAAAGACGCCUGUUCAACAAGGGUGUUGUCAAGGGCAGCUGGGAAUCAGAAAAGCCAAGGGCACCUCAGAGACCGAGAUCUGGACCAUUUCUCCAUUUCAUGGCUGCAGUACCUCUCCUCAGCUUGUGAGCGUCCCCCUGAACAGCAGCCAUGGCCUUGAAGAAUGUGCCCUUUCGCUCUGAGGUCUUAGCCUGGAACCCGGACAGCCUCGCUGAUUAUUUCAAGAAGCUGAACUACAGGGACUGUGAGAAGGCGGUGAAGAAGUUCCAUAUUGACGGCGCUCGGUUUUUGAACCUGACAGAAAAUGACAUCCAGAAGUUCCCUAAGCUGCGGGUCCCGAUUCUCAGCAAAUUAAGUCAAGACAUCAACAAGAAUGAAGAAAGAAGAAGUAUUUUUACACGCAAACCCCAGGUUCAGCGGUUUCCUGAAGAGACAGAAAGCCACGAAGAGGACAAUGGUGGCUGGUCAUCCUUUGAAGAUGACUAUGAAAGUCCCAAUGAUGAUGAUCUCGAUGGAGAGGAUGAUGGUGACUACGAGUCCCCCAAUGAGGAGGAAGAGACUCUGGUGGACGAUGCUGCUGAUUAUGAGCCCCCACCAUCCAAUGAUGAGGAGGCCCUGCAGAGCUCCAUCCUGCCCGCCAAGCCUUUCCCCAACACCAACUCCAUGUACAUUGACAGGCCUCCCACCGGCAAGGUCUCCCAGCAGCCUCCGGUGCCUCCCCAGAGACCAAUGGCUGCCCUCCCUCCCCUGCCAAUAGGACGGAAUCACUCGCCACUGUCUCUGCCCCAGCCCAGCCAUGAAGAGCCCAGCAGAAGUCGAAACCACAAGACAGCAAAGUUACCUGCUCCAUCAAUAGACAGAAGCACAAAACCUCUCCUCGACCGCUCACUGGCACCUCUUGACCGAGAGCCCUUCGCACUAGGAAAGAAACCAACAUUUUCUGACAAGCCUGUGGCCCCAGUGGGAAGGGCUCUUGGGGAGCAUUUACCCAAGAUACAAAAGCCUCCUUUGCCACCAGGCAUGGACAGACAUGAAAGAAGUGAAAGAAGUGGACCCCUGACAGCAAAGAAGCCACCGGUUCCAAGGCAUGGAAGGGGACCAGACAGAAGAGAGCCUGAUGAAGAUGAUGCACAUCAAAGACCGUUGCCUCAGCCGUCACUACCUCCUAUGAGCUCCAACACAUUUCCUUCGAGGUCUACCAAGCCCAGCCCCAAGCACACAUUCCCGUUGUCUCACAUGCCAGGAACCUUCUCAGAAAGUAACAUUGGCUUUCAGCAGAGUGCUUCCCUGCCGCCAUACUUCUCCCAAGGUGCCAGCAACAGACCACCUCUCAGAAAUGAAGGCAGAAACUUACCCUUGCCAGUUCCGAACAGGCCUCAGCCUCCAUCUCCUGGGGAAGAAGAGAUGCCGUUAGAUGAAGAGUGGUACGUCUCUUAUAUUACCCGACCAGAGGCAGAAGCCGCUCUUAGGAAGAUAAACCAGGACGGCACCUUCCUGGUUAGAGAUAGCUCUAAGAAAACAGUGAAGAAUCCAUACGUCCUCAUGGUGUUAUACAAAGACAAAGUUUACAACAUCCAGAUCCGUUACCAGGAGGAAAGUCAAGUAUACUUGUUGGGGACCGGACUUCGAGGCAAAGAGGACUUCCUGACUGUAUCAGAUAUUAUUGACUACUUCCGGAAAAUGCCACUGUUGCUCAUUGACGGGAAAAAUCGAGGCUCCAGGUACCAGUGCACACUAACAUACGCUGCAGGCUGUACAUAGUGAGGGAGCCUCCUGCCUCUGCUCUCACUGCGGGAAGAUCAAGUAGCCUAAGGGGAUGGAUGAAGACCUAGGGCUGAACCAAACCCCUCAGCGUGGGCACAGAGUUCUGCCCUUUCCUUUCAAAAGGUGUCUGAAGAUUGCUGAGUACCACGUAACUUAUUUAUUUUCUUCGAUGUUUGUAAAGCACAGACGUAAUCCUGUCCGCGUGUGAAGUCUAGGAGAGCGUGGCAGUACUUCAAGACAUGAGAUUUUGAACAUCCAUUUCAAAAGACAGUACUUUAUACUACAUAAAUAAU